UUUAGAUUCUCGCCUUCGUAUUCCUACGUUUUGUUCUUGUCUACAAAGCAAAAGCAGCACUAACUCUCUCCUCUCUCUCUGUUUUCAGAUUUUUUUCUUUUUUUGGGUUUGAUCUCUCUCUCUCUCUGUCUUCAGAGUUGGAAUUGGAUACAUCUUUAGUUCAGUUCAAUUCAACCGGACAAGGAAACCCAAUUUGAUUUCUCUGUAAUGGGUUGCCGGCGACUAUAGAGAUGUUGUUUUGCUGUGUUCAUCUUUUUUGUUUGCUUCUCUUGCUCGGAAGCUCCGGCAUUGGAGUGGAAGCUGUGGAUGAAACGACGGAAUUCGACUUCAGUACGUUAUCUUUAAGCAAUCUGAAGCUCUUGGGAGAUGCCCAUUUGGACAAUGGCACCGUCCGUCUCUCGCGUGAUCUGGGAGUUCCGUAUUCCGGCGCCGGCAGGGUCUUGUACAGUAAGCCAGUCAGAUUCCGGCAGACGGGUACUCGUUUAAUGGCUUCUUUCUCCACUUUCUUUUCCAUAUAUGUUAGCAAUCUGAACCCAUCUUCGAUCGGUGGGGGAUUAGCUUUCCUCCUCUCACCCGACGAUGGUACAAUCGGCGAGGCUGGUGGGUUUCUGGGCCUGGGGAAUGGUAAUGGUUCUCUGUCUGGCUACGUUGCCGUUGAAUUCGAUACAUUGAUGGAUGUGGAGUUCGAGGACAUCAACGGAAACCACGUGGGUUUGGAUCUAAACAGCAUGGUUUCUACUCAGGUUGGUGAUUUGGAUGCCGUUGGGGUCGAUCUGAAGAGCGGCGAUCUCGUGAAUGCUUGGCUUGAUUACGAUGGCUCCACUGGUUUGUUUAACAUCUCUGUCUCUUACUCGAAUCUCCGGCCGGCGGAUCCACUUCUGUCGUUCAAUCUCGACUUGGAUCGGUUCGUCAAAGAUUUCAUGUUCGUGGGGUUCUCUGCUUCGACUCAGGCAAGUACAGAGAUCCACAAUGUUGAAUGGUGGAGCUUUGCUUCUUCAUUUAACGGUUCUUCGGGGCCUUCUCCUCCUGUUACUUCCUCCCCUCCACAGCAAACCCCUAUACCUUUUACCCCAAUGGCUAAUUCUUCCAAUCUCUCACCUCCAACUCCGGCUCCUUCUGUUUCAAACUCUUCGAAGCCAGAAAAGGCCAGUAAGUCCUCUUCCUGCCAGCUCUGUAAGCAACGGCCUGGGGCAGUCGCAGGGGUGGUAACAGCCGGAGCUUUUGUCCUCGCCAUUUUUGCUGGUGUUCUCAUCUGGAUUUUCUCCAAGAGGGUCAGACCUCCCAGAAAAACAGAGUCUUUAGCAUUAGAUAUCGUCCAAACCCCAAAAGAAUUUAGCUACAAAGAGCUGAAAUUGGCAACAAGGUCCUUCGAUUCGGACAGAAUUAUUGGCUAUGGCGCGUUCGGGACUGUGUUCAAAGGUAUCUUACCAGACACUGGAGCUAUGAUCGCAGUGAAAAGAUGUAGUCACAGUGGAGGUCAGGGAAAGGAGGAGUUCUUAUCGGAGCUUUCAAUAAUUGGGAGUCUCAGGCAUCGGAACCUUGUAAGACUCCAAGGCUGGUGCCAUGAAAAGGGUGAAAUUCUUCUGGUCUAUGAUUUCAUGCCCAAUGGAAGCCUCGAUAAGGCUUUGUUCGAGUCUAAUUACACUCUCUCAUGGCACUACCGGCGAAAGAUUUUAAUGGGUGUGGCCUCUGCUAUUGCCUACCUGCAUCAGGAAUGUGAGAACCAGGUGAUUCACAGAGAUAUCAAGACCAGUAAUAUAAUGCUUGAUGAAGCCUUCAAUGGCAAACUAGGGGAUUUUGGUUUGGCAAGGCAGGUUGAGCAUGACAAGUCCCCUGAUGCUACUGUAACCGCAGGCACAAUGGGUUACUUGGCCCCUGAGUACCUUCUCACAGGUAGAGCAACAGAGAAGACUGAUGUGUUCAGCUUUGGAGCUGUAGUACUUGAAGUGGCUAGUGGGAGAAGACCCAUUGAGAAAGAGACUACUAGGGUAGGUAAGGUUGGGAUGAGUAGUAAUUUGGUGGAAUGGGUUUGGAGUUUACACAGAGAAGGAAGGCUUCUGAGUGCAGCUGAUGCUAGACUUGGUGGUGAGUUUGAUGAGGGAGAUAUGACAAGGGUGCUCAUGGUGGGGUUGGGUUGUUCUCAUCCUGACCCAUUAGCAAGACCUACAAUGAGAACUGUGGUUCAGAUGCUAGUGGGUGAAGCUCAAGUGCCUAUGGUCCCAAGAACAAAGCCCACUAUGAGUUUCAACACUUCUAAUCUGUUGCUGAGCUUGCAGGAUAGUGUUUCUGAUAUUAAUGGAAUGAUGAUAACUCUCUCCACCUCCUCUUCCUCCACAGGUCACAGCUUCAAUGGUGGAGAAAUAGUCUGAUAGCCAUCAACUUUGAUUUUUCUAUAUUCUUUUUUUUACUGCCGUAUUUAUAAAAGUAUAACAAUUAUUUGUUUUUGUAUUUAUGACAAAAUAACUUACAGAGCUUGAAGUGUUUAAGAAUAUUGUAUGUAUCAGAUAGAAGAAGUGAGCUAUCCUGAUGGAGAGGCCAAUUAGAAACUAUUCAACAAUUCUUUCUUA